AUGAUGGGGAUGGAUGUCUUCUUUCUACGGCCGGCGAUGCACAAUGAAAAUCCGAGGAGAAAAGGUAUCUAUCUUCUGCCGCUCGACGUUCCCGAUGGCCAGCCUCCCGGUCGUCUUGUUGAUCCGAAGGUAGCCGAUUUCCACCUGGUCCAACGAUGGAUCCACUGUUGUGACCAAUGGCAUGCCGAGACUUGCCAUUCCGCCUAUCAACACGAGCUUGAUGGGGUCGGACUACUCCGGGUGGUCGAUGUGCAGAGGCAAUGUCUUGCAUACAUCGAGCCAAGCUCGCGCUAUUUUGCACUGAGCUACGUUUGGGGACGCGUCGAAACGCUGCAGACAACACGGAAGAACCUGGAACAGCUCGAACAGGACGGUGCCUUGUCUUCGGGGAAGCACCUAAUUCCGCGGACUAUCCGCGACGCCAUUGCGGCGGUGUCGAAGAUUGGCGAGCGAUACCUCUGGAUCGAUGCCCUGUGCAUCAUUCAGGACAAAGACUCUGACGAGAAACCGGUUCUUCUGGGACAGAUGGACAAGAUCUACGGAAAUGCUUAUGUCACCAUCGUUGCAGCUGUGGGGGACAACGCAGAUGCUGGGUUGCCUGGUGUCUGUAGCGACAAUCCUCGGGUUAUCCCACAGACUGUGCUAUCGUACGGUGACGGUCGGCGCCUGGCCAUUUCACAAUCACCUUUCGAGCACACGCUUGGACAGCACUACGAUGAGGCAAGAUGUACUUGUGUGUGGAAUAAACGGGCGUGGACUCUACAAGAGCGGCUUCUUUCCCGUCGAAAAUUGGUCUUUCUCGAGGAAGGCGUUCAUUUCAACUGCCACGGCAUGACAUGGACUGAGGACAUCGCGGCCGAGACAGAAGAGACGAUGCGGCACUUUCAGAUGUUCGACUUCGAGGGUGUCACGGAUGAAGACCGUUGGUUCUCAGGUAUCAGCCGGAAAGGAAGCCGUCCGAGAAAAAAGGAAGAAUACACGGUGCCUGGUCCCGAAGCCACCCUUCCCAGUUUUAUAGACUAUUGCAACCUCGUCUCCAACCACUUGCGAAGAGAAAUAUCAUUCGAGGAAGACAUCCUCAACGCUUUCCAGGGCAUUUUGAGCAGCUUGGCCUACUCCUUCGGCUCUUUCCAUUACGGACUCCCCGAGACAUUUUUCACCUUGGGUCUUCUUUGGCAACCGAGCGACUUCUGUAGGCGCCGAGUCAAGACCGCAACUAAGGAUAUUCUCUUGGAAAUCCCAUCAUGGUCCUGGGCCGGUUGGGUUUGCAAUGUCGACGUCGCGCAUUGGACGGCCGCUUGCGACUACGUCGUACACCAAGACAUCGCGCGGAGUUAUCGCACUACACCAACGACCACGUUUUUCUCGCCCUUGGCCGGGAAAGAAGCACAGAAUGAGGACUGUCGCAUUCAAAUACCGGACGACAGGAUGCGGUACAGGUCCGUCGCUGACGAGCCUCCAAGUCUCGCCCAAUGCGCACAACUAUGGCAGUCGCCGAAAUGCUGCAUCGAUCCUUGA